GUUUAUUAAUGUAGAUGUCGAAGCUGAGUUCAUGUUGAUCGUGUUGAAAAUACUGCUGGCCAAACCUUUACUAGCUUUUACUGGCUUGAUUUCAACUAAGGAAGGUAGCUGAAUCAUCUCUUCAAGCAUGGCGUGGGUUUUGAAAGGUGCAGAAACCUUCCUCAACAACUUGGACCAAUCGGCAUCACAUGCAAUUGGAACGAAAGAUGAGGAAAAAGGUUCUGGACAAAGCCAAUUGAUGCACCAAAGUCUUCCAGCAGAUUCUAGACACUUUUCAUCUGGUUCUUCUUCAGUAGUUGGGCCCAGUCCAAUGGCAUCUAUGAGCCUGUCUGCUACAGACCUAGCUGGCAGUGCUAAUAUCAAAAGAACUUCAAGUGAGAGUGCAAUAUCAUCUUCAUCACCUACAGCUGGACCUACAGGGGCUGGACAGCAGGCCCAGCAGCAGGCCCAGAGAGCCAGGACUCCAACCUCAACAUUGAGUAAAUCAAAGAAAGAAGAUGAUGAUGAAAAGUUAUUUGAGUUCUUAAAUAGUCCUUCCACUUCUUCUCAAGAAAAAAGAAAGAAAUCUAAUGGGAAUACAAGUGGACGUCAUUCUAGACAAUCCAGCACGUCAUCUAAUGUUUCCAUGAAGAGUGCUAGGACUGAGAGUAGCAGUGCUACUAAUGCUGGCUUUGUCGUCAUUCCUCAUCAACAACAAGAAGAGCAUCCUGAAUCUAGUGAGCCAAGCAGUAAUGAUAUCUCACCCGGAGAAGAACCAGCAGAGACAAUAGCAGGACCACUUCAUGAAGAUCCUCAAUCACAACAACUCUCAUCAUUGGAGCUAGAGAAUAAAUUACUUCGUCAAGAAGUUUCUUCCCUCAAUCAGGAGAUGACAUCAGCUCUAGAACGUACCAAGAAGGCCCACAAUGAGUUAAAUCAACUUAAGGAUGAGGUAAAACGUCGACAGACCCAAAUAUCCAACUCAGAUGCUGUAGUUCGUCAGUUACGUCUUCAUGAGGAUGAUCUGAAUGAAGAGAUUGGUGCUAAGAACUCCCAAUUAGCUGUUCUUAGAGUGAGACUACAGGAAGCUGAUCAAACCAUCAAGACAAAGCAACAAAUUGUAAAUACUUUACAAGAGGAGAAACAUAGAAUACUACAAGAUCAUAGUGAUUCUAGUGGGAUGCAGAGUCAUGCAUUAGAUUCUAUCAAUGAUAAACUCCUAGAAUCAGAACAAGCAUUCAAGAGAGAACAAGAAUCUUACAGGUUUGCGCAAACAGAAUUUAUGGAAAGACAAAGCAAGAUUGAAAUAGAGCAAUGUGCUUUAGCCGAGUCCUUAUCAGCAACUCAGAAGAAACUUGCUGAUGAAAAAGUCCAUUCCAGAGAGCUAUCAGAACAACUAAGACUACUGAAGAACAGUGCUGAAGAAGCCAAACAGGAGCUUACAGACUACAAACAAAAGGCUACAAGAAUUCUUCAGUCCAAGGACAAGCUGAUCUCCAGUCUGAAAGAAGGAGUAGAGGGCAUUGAAGGAUCAACUGCUGUAUCAUAUGAACUAGAGGAAAUCAAGAAUGAGAGAGACAUGCUUAGAGAAGAACUACAACAAGCUAAUAUCAAGAUAGAACAACUGAAAAUGGAUCUGCAGGAGAUUGAAUCCCUACAGCAGAUGGAGUCUGAAAGCCUGCAGGAGCAGCUGAGAGAUCUUGAAGAUCAAGAGAUUCAAAGUCGUCAAAGUCUGAGAGAGACAGAGGCUGACUUAGCAAGGAAGUGUGAGGAGCUAAGGUACGCAGAAGAAGAGCUGCAUAGACAAAGACUUGAUCUGCAAGCUAAGAUCAAGGACAGAGAGGAUGACAUUCAACGGCUACGAAACCAGUUGAAAACUAAGAGCAUGAGUAGUUCUUCUGAGACUGAACUUGAAGGUCGUCUUCAUGCUUUGACUGAGAGCCUCAUUCAGAAGCAGACGAUGCUGGAGACUCUUAGUAGUGAGAAGAACUCACUCGGACUACAACUUGAAAGGUUACAGAGACAGUAUAAGGAAGUACAAGCCACAGCCAGAGUUACACCAACACACACCGUGAACAUAGGAUCUUAUGAAGAGGAGGAAGCAAGCACAAGACAGCGGUUACCGCUGUUCAUGCAGGAGGCUCCUUCUGAUGGUGGAAUGACCAGGAAAGUCAAGCAAGCAGCCAGCACUAUUGAUAAGUUCAGCAUCAGACUGGGUGUCUUUCUGAGAAGAUAUCCCAUUGCCAGACUCUUUGUCAUAUUGUAUAUGUUCUUGCUUCAUCUGUGGGUGAUGAUUGUUUUGUUGACAUACACGCCAGAGAUUCAUGGGAAAGAAUUCAAUGAUGUACAUCCUAAAGCUCCCUGACCAAACCAAACUUCCGUGCGUUACUACUCCUCAUCUGCUCCGCGCGUGAGGCUGAUCCUAAAUCGAAUUGCUUCUGCAGAGAUGCACUUUCUCCAAGUAAACACGACAUAGAAAAUGGUAUACGUUUCACCUGGAAGUGGAACCAGAAAACAACAAUUUAAAAUACUGAAGAAGCAAAUAAGUCAAUGUUGAAGCAAUGUUCUGGUGGAAAUUUAGCAUCUCCUGUAAUGGAGAGCCCAUCCCGAAAACAUGCUCAAGAUAAAUUUCAUUAACUUUUUUUUACCUCAACAAAUUCUUUAAGUGUCCAAGUUCUUCAACAACUACACAGAGCCUUCCCUAUAGACCAUAUAUUAUAUUCAUGGUUGCAGAGGGGCAAAUAAGUGUUGAAUAACUUAUAUCACACUUCCCAGGUAUGAUUUAUAUGUUCAGCUUCACAUAUACAAACAUGACUAUUAUUAUUAUUUAUAUAGUUUAUUAAACUCCUGUUCCUAAUAGAGGCAGUUGACUGCAAAGGUCCUUUACAUGAUUAUACUCUCUGAAAUGAUUUCUUCAACAGAUUGACCAUACAUACUUCUACAUUGUUUUCUUUAGGAUAUCUUUUUUUUCUUUUUAGACAGUUUACCACUCAAUGUUGAAAUAGGGUUUUAUGAUGCUGUUGUACUCAUUUCUUAACAUUGUACAGAUAUUUAUCAUGAAUGAAUGAAUAAUGGUUAUGUGAUGUUGUAUGAAGCACAUGUUGUAUCAGA